AUGUCUAGACUAGAAAUUUACUCACCCGAAGGUCUGCGUCUUGACGGUCGUCGUUGGAACGAGUUACGCCGCUUUGAAUGCUCAACCAACACACAUUCGCACGCUGCAGAUGGCUCUUCAUACCUAGAACAGGGCAAUAACAAAGUCAUUACGCUCGUUAAGGGUCCACAGGAGCCAACCUCACGUUCUCAAGUGGAUACUACAGGGGCUGUAUUGAAAAUAUCCGUUAACAUCACCAAGUUUUCCAAGGCUGGAAGAAGUAGGACAGGUCAUAAGAAUGAAAGGCGAGUGCUGGAGAUGCAAACUGCGUUGGUGCGUACUUUCAAUAAAAGUGUUAUGCUUCACGCUUAUCCAAGAACGUUGAUCAACAUCGAAAUACAUGUGUUGCAACAGGACGGGGGACUGAUGGGGUCUCUAAUCAAUGGUAUUACUUUGGCCCUGAUAGAUGCGGGUAUUGCUAUGUAUGACUAUAUCAGUGGUGUCUCUGUCGGGCUCUAUGAUACUACUCCGUUGCUUGAUACUAAUUCUUUGGAAGAAAAUGCCAUGAGCACCGUAACGCUGGGCGUCGUUGGCAAAAGCGAGAAGCUGUCGCUCCUGCUAGUCGAAGAUAAGAUCCCACUGGACAGAUUAGAGAACGUCCUGGCAAUUGGAAUUGCGGGGACGCAUAGAAUAAGAGAUCUCAUGGAUAAGGAAGUGAGAAAGGGACGCAGGAACAGAGUUGCCAAUGCCUUAUCCGGAUGA